AUGGAGAACAAAGUGAAGCUAACAAUUUAUAAAUGCCAAAAGUGCGGAUAUUCUUUGUUUGCAAAGAAAAGUUAUGAUGACCAUGUAAAUGCGCAUGUGUCGGAGAAAAAGUCGAAUAUUAAGUGCAUGUACUGUGAGUAUACAGCGGAUGAUAUUCAAACGUUACAAGCGCACAUAUAUGGUGAACACAAAGGAGAUAAAAUAUUACCGUGUCAAACAACUAAUUACUCCUGCGAUAACUGUGACUUCAAUACAUCAUUUAAAGGGCCAUUCUACUCGCAUAUAGCUUCAUGUAAAAAUAAAAGGCUGAAAACCGCGUUCAACUGCAAUUUGUGCUCGUACACAACAAACGCUAAUAAAGAUUUAAAAAAGCAUCAAAGAGACCACUGGAGUGAUAGCCAUCAUUGCCCGUAUUGUCAGCACCUUUCUAAAAACGCCAUCGCGUUGCAAAAGCACGUUUACUAUGGACAUUACAGACAGAACGAAAUCGAGAAAAAAAUCCACUUUACAAUAGAAAUUCACGCAUGUCCUUUCUGCUCUUUCAAGACUCUAUACAGCAGACAGUUGAAAACGCACAAUUGCAGCGAUAAUUUAAAGUUCAAGUGCAGUAAGUGCGACUAUAUAGCCCUAUCAGAUCACGCUCUUACCAUCCACGUAACGCAGUAUCAUUAUUCAUCACGUUUGGAGUGCCCAUAUUGCGAUUAUGUAGGGACAAAUGCCACCAAAGGAGCCCAGUUGCAGAGGCAUGUUUUUGGGAAUCACCGACACCAAAACGAGGUGGAAAAAAAAGUGAAGAUUAGGUUUCGGGUUUUUACUUGUAAAGGGUGUUCGUAUAGCACUUACGUUAGGAGGGGUUUUGAUAAACAUGUUUGUAAGAGUUCAUUAAAAAUGAAGUGUGUAAAAGUGGAAGGUUCGCCUUAG